AUGCCUAUCAUGCAAAAACGCCUAAGCUAUCACUGGCCCGAGAUCCAGCUCAACAUCUGGCUCAUCGUCGUCCUAGCAGGCUCAGCAACAUGUCUCGGUAUCUUCUCCUGGUUCAUGGUAAUACAAUCAACAAUGCACCUCGGCACACCAUGGCUCUUCCCAUUCAUGGUGACAACCAGCGCUCUAGCAGUAACCUUCAUCUUCGUCGUCCUAGGCCUAAUCACCCGCCGCCUUCUCUUACCCGGCAUCCUAAUACUGGGCAGCUUCAUCCUCUUCGUCCUGUUCUUAACAGGUCUGAUUGAAACAUCUUUACAACUCUACGGCGUGGUGGGGAACAUAAACAGCAAUUGCCAGAAUUAUGUGGUCAAUGAUAAGUCGAGGGGGAAUAAUAUCAAUACGUUAGCCUGGUUAACGCAGAUAACUAUUUGUAAUUGCUGGAAAACGGCGUUUGCAUUUGAGCUUGUCAAUGUCAUCUUUUAUAUUUGGAUGAUGGUGAUGUCCUGGCAGGUUCAUCGGAAUUAUUAUCAUUGA